CAAAUCGAUGGAAAGAGCAGGUAGCAGAGGGGAGAAGACACAAGAUAUUUUUCGCUGGUGUGACCUCCUUCUUCGCCCAGCUGCUAUUUUUAAUUCGGAAAUUUUAAUUUUAAUUUUACCCCAAGGGGUUUUCAGGGGUCACACCCACUCUAAAUCUUAGUGAGGAAGGAAAGGGAGAUUUUUUUUCUGUGGUGGUGAAAUUCGGUGGAUGGCGAGAAAGAUGAGUUUAAGCAAAAGCAAUGCAAAUUCCCAUAAGGACAAUCAAAUGGAGAGUAUUCAGGAGAUCUUCCGUUGUUUCAUCUGUAUGGAAAAUUUACGAGAUGCCAGAAUGUGUCCUAGGUGCUCAAAGCUAUGUUGCAAGCAGUGCAUUCAACGCUGGCUUUCCGAGACUCGACCUCAGUGUCCACAUUGUCGAGCUGCACUGCACAUCCAUGACUUGGUAAAUUGUCGGUGGGCUGAAGAGGUCACUCAGCAGUUGGACAAUCUGCAAAGCAACCCGGCCAAAGGAAAGUGUACUCCAUCCGAUGAUGAGCCAGAGACUGAAAAAUGCGAAACUCAUGUCAAGGAAGAGUUAUCUGUAUAUUGUGAAACGUGCAAGUGUUGCAUUUGUCAUGAAUGUGCCCUUUGGAGCACCAAACACAGCAACCAUGUUUUCAAACCAUUAGAAGAAAUUUAUCUUCAACACUGCCACCAGAUUCGGGAACAUGUUGGACGCCUCAGAAAAAGAUUCAUGGAGCUUAUAGGCGCUGUUCAAGAAAUAGAAAAGAAUAUCGAAACCGUUCGGGGUGCUAAGGAUCAGAAGGUUCGAGAAAUUCGUCAAGCAGUUGAGCUAAUGAUUGCGAGAUUGGACAACCAGCUAAAGAUGAAGUUGACUAUAUUGGUUGGGCAAAAGGGGCAAUUUUCGAGACAAGCUGAGGAAUUAGAGGGAAUUUUGCACAGCAUUGAGAGUACUAUAACUAGCGGACCUAAAAGUGAACUCAUUUUACACAGCUCUAAACUGGUCAAGUUGAUUCAAGACGGCAUAAAUCGUUCUACUUUUAUCGUUCCAGGCGUUUCCGGGGAAUUCCAAAGUGAGCUCGUUCCGCCGUAUGACGGUGCUACCUUCGUCGUCAAUAAUUACAGUCAUUUGCGAGAGCUGGCAGACCCUUUCUACUCUGACCCGUUGCACGCCAAUGGCUUGACCUGGCGUUUAAAAAUUUAUCCGGAUGGAAAUGGAGCUGUCCGUGGGACAUUUUUGUCAGUCUUUUUGGAAUUAACCAGCGGUCCGGCUGAUUCGGCCAAGUCUUCUUCCUAUAGAUAUGAGUACCGAAUUGAAAUGGUUUACCAGCACGCCAAUGAACCAUCGAAGAACAUGAUUCGAGAAUUUGCUUCUGAUUUUGAAAUUAACGAAUGCUGGGGUUACAACAGAUUCUUUCGUAUUGAUCUCUUGGAAAGUGAGGGCUAUCUCGAUCCAAUCACAGACACUAUUCGACUGAAAUUUGAUGCUCGAAGUCCUACAUAUUUUCUCAAAUGUAAGGACCAACAGUGGUACAUUAGCGAGUUGGAAAGGAAGACCACUCAGCAAGCUCAAGCCAUUUUGGACCUCAGUCAACGAGUGGAGAAAAUGGAGGCAGAGAUGCCAUUGGGAGAUGGAAACUUGGCAAAUAAUGCAGAUCUCAACAUUACAGCAGGGAGUGAAGAGUCAACAGGGAAGCAGUCACAUAAUCGAUCUCGCCUCCAGAUGAUCGAAUUGUUAGAUCUGAAUGAUAACAAUGAUACCGAAGAAACUGCCUCCGAAGAAAACUCUGAUGAGAGUGAAAUGGAGGACCAAGAAAACGAAGCUGGCGGAGAUACCAGUGAGGUCGAGGUUGUCGAAUUUACUGGAGACGACAUCAACUUGAACGAUGCAUAUGAGGGUUAUGUAAAUUACUUUGCCUUGAUGGAUGAGUUAACCACCACGACUCCACCGCCACGUCCUCCUACUCGUCAGUCCACUCCGCAGCCACCGUCAGGUUCUCAAUAGUAUUAUCUCUUUCCUUCAUCUCACACACCAAUAUUCCUUCAAAGUAUGUUUAUAUUAAAAUUUGUAAUUUGAUCCAUUCUGUUUAUAUAAUCAUUUUUUUUGCAAAUAAAUUGAACGUAAUGAAAUGUU